AUGACUUCAAUAAGUGGUAACUUUCAAAAUACUAAGCCGACGGGAACAACUGGCGAUUACACACAAGACCAAGGCCUGGACUUUGAUGCUUUUGAUCUUCAAGUGAUAACGCCAAGCUCUGCACCGGCAGGUACGACCCGUUUCCAAGAUGAAGACUUGAAGAUGAUGGACCUCGGAUUUGACGACAUGAUGGACCCCGACUUCGACAUCGACAUCGAUUUCAUGUCCAGUAAUGGAUGUAUCGCACCUCAGUCACAAUCACCUUCAACACAGCAAGGGAUAUGGAAGGGCGACAUGAUGCCGGAAACCUCAGACAUUGGUGACCUUGAGAACAUAUGGAACCAGAUUAUGUCAGGCACAUCCAAGCUGCAGCGGGUCAUUGGCUCUAUUGCGCCAGCAUUAUCUCGUCCAUCUGGACCAGAUAGGAAUUGUUCUUGCCCAACGCUCAUCGGCAGGCUCCAACUUCUGGCCAUACACCCGCGAUUGUCUCCCCAAAGACAGGCUGGACACCGUCGUUACGGUCACAAUCGUCUUCGGCAAUUGCCACUCGACUUACUAGUCUUUCUUGACGACGCCGUAUACCAGACAGUUGUAACAGUUCGUUCAUGCGGGGUGUGUGGAAACGCACCGAGGGCAUUGCUUACGCUUUGUCUCCACGUCGACUGGCUAGUCGAUGUGCUGAAAGAGACGUUGGAGACGGGUCUACCUGGUCUUUCAACGCCGGCAUCAGUUUCAAGCACCCAGUCCCUAGUCCUGCCAGGAAAGCAUGGGACAGCAUCCGGCAUUGAAGAACCCAGAGCUGACCGUGAGUCGGGAUGGUCGAAUGUAAAGGGCACUCUCGGAGGAAAUGGUGAUCUGAACGAUACACUUCCGUUGAGCCUGGGGUCUUUCCAGAUGGAGGGAGAGCUCUGGAAAAUAUGCAUUCGAGAACUCUUGAAGGCCAGACUCAAUCGCCUUUCUCUACUCUUGGAGGAGGUAUUUCAUCAUGAAGGAAUCAGGGACCGCGUGAGAAACACGCUGAAAGAUACGGACUACGAUGCCCGAUCCCCGCUCGACAAGGCUGUGAGAAGCCUAGCAGGAGAUAUUUACUCCAAGAUCGAGUUUCUCUUUGGCAUGUUAGAGCUUUGGCAAACUUGCUAG